UCUCUCACAUAUAUAUUAUUUUUUUAUGGGAUUUAGAUUUUAAAUGUUAUCGUCUGAUCCACUCCGGAGCAGAAUGUGGCGGUAUUACACCAAUGAGUUGAAUGCCAACCCCCGUAAAACAAGAAGACAACGCUUUCAGCUCAGAGGAACACAAUGGACCCAAGAGAAGGUGUUUACAGGAAUGUCAUGACUUUCCACUGUGGACAAUGCAACACUGUGUGGGCAGACUCACUCGGACUUUGUGGAGAAGCAAAGUGUUGUGACUCACUAAUAUGCAGCAAGGUCACCCUAGAUGUGAUAAUCAAGAAGGAGCUAGAGUCAAGUCUCGAGGAGAAAUGGGAAAACUGCAUCUACAAUUCCCUGAGCUGCUCUGGGUGUGGCUGUUCUGUGGGUGUAGUCCUUGUCUCAGCCCCACAGCAUCUCGCCAGUCUGCGUUCCCUCUUUCUCAUCCGGAAAGAUAACAUGAAUGGUUAUCAAUUCAGUGAUGGUUCAAUGGUGAAGGCUUCUACACUUAACUUUGACAUAGAGCCCAUUGGAAAAAGUAUAGCUACGCUGAAACAAGAAAUGGAGGCUGCACUGAAGCACAUUUCUCUGCUACAUGGCAGUCUGAGAGAGAGCAGCACUGCAAGCCUGGAUUAGAUGGCUGCCGGGCUGGUGAUGACUUCCAGCUUCCUGUGUCAUGGUUCUGCUUAGGUGACAGGUUCUCUAGCACUUUGUCUGUUCAACAUGGUGUAUGAAUAUCAGCCUUAUGUCUAUCUGGUAUAUAAGCUGGUAAAUGUGAGAAGGUGUAUGCUUGCAUGGUAUAUGUGUGUUUGUCUUGUGUCUGAACGUAAGCUUGUAUGUGUGUCUGGCAUAUUAAUGUAAACUGGUGAUUGUGUGCAUGCUGAUGUAUCUUUGAAUUUCUAUUAGAUGUUCCGGGACCUUGUGUCAGGAAACAACACACUUCACUCUUUGAAUAAAUGAGGUCACUCGUUUUAUUGGCA